AACGCGCGCAAUUAUGUCACACUCAAUAUGUGAAGAGCGGCUUUUGUCAGGGAAACAGUUCAUCCUAUACUGAGUUUAUCCUAUUUAGCUGUUUUCUGAGCCCUUAUUAGGGAAUGAAUUGUCCGUUAUUAAAGAAAGAACGACAAAAAAUGAAAAAGCCUGCACCAAUAUGGCGUCUCAAAACACCUACUAGAACAGGAUGUCGAACUUAGUCUGCGACGGAAGUAAAUCCGCCGCGAAUUUGAGUUCUAUCGCUAUCUGUUGAAUGGAAAAUAGGACAGAUGCUGGUCAUGUUGGAGAUGAUUUCGAAUAACGCCCACAUAAUGAUGAGUUAGAGGGCGUAGAAGGGUUUGCAAGAGAGGUUCGCUGGCUGGUGAUGGUGUCUUGCGUUUCUUGUCUCGCUCUCUUAGCCGAUCGUCUCCAAAUCAGGACAUGUCAAACUCUAUUGAGGAGGUGCAGAGUGUGGAAGACAGAGAGAGGCCCUUUACCAUUAACCCCAUUGAACUUUCUGAUGAAAUUCUGCUGCAUAUACUGAGUUAUGUACCAAGUACAGACCUUAUCCUCAAUGUCAAGAAGACGUGUCGAAAACUUGCUAGUCUUUGCGUCGAUAAGAGCCUCACCCACAGGGUUAACUUCAACAAAGUCUAUCAGGCCAGGGAUGAGCAAGUGAAGCAGAUGCUCAAAGAGGUUGGUAAAGAGAUUUGUGAACUUGAUGUAAGUGGUUGCUACUGGUUGUCAACUCCAACUGUGGAUCGAGUAGCACAAUGCAAGAAACUUGUCAGACUCGAUAUGUCUGGUUGCUCUCUAACUUCCCUAAGGCUCUCCAAGCUUCUUUCAAACCUUCUUCACUUGCGCUCCUUGGCUAUUGAUGUUAGUUCAGGAUUUGAUGCUGGGCAGUUGAGCAGUGAGUCAAAGGCCACUCUGAGUCGACUGCGUGAGCUAAAACAAACCCUCUUUGCUCCGUCGUAUGGGGUAGUGCCUUGCUGCACUAGCCUUGAAAAGCUACUACUGUACUUUGAAGUACUGGACAGAACACGGGAAGGAACAGUUAUGUCUGGCCAACUGAUGGUGGGUGAAAGCAACAUACCCCAUUAUCAGAACCUGCGGCUGUUUUAUGCUCGACUGGCUCCUGGCUACGUAAAUGAGGAGGUGGUCAGAUUGUACCUUGCGGUUCUUAGUGACAGGACUCCAGAGAAUCUACGGGCCUUUCUCAUUUCUGCUCCUGGCAGCUUCCCAGAAAGCAGGGCAACAAAUAACCUUUUGCACUCUAUGGCAAAGAAUGUGUCAUUGGAAGCGUUUCAGUUGCCCAAAUCUUGGCUCAAUGGGUCUUCUUUGCUUCAGCAAAUGAAAUUCAGCAGCCCGUCCUAUUUCAGUUUUAGCCGAUGCAUGAUAUCUGGUGGGCAACUAACUCAGAGGCUUUUAAAUGGUGGAAAGGACUGCAAGAGUCUGGUCAGUCUCAAUUUGAGAGGAUGUCCAUUCUGCUUCAGCUCUGAUAUGCCGUUUCGUAAACCAGAAGAUGACAUAGAUGACAGCAUUUUGGAUACUCUAGUUGCUGCAUGUCCAAAUCUUGCACAUUUAAAUUUCACAUCAGCACACCACCAUAGUUCAGAGAACAAUGGUAGACAUCUAUGUGAGAUCCUAGCACGGCUCCUGUACUUACGGUCAUUAGCAUUGCCAGUGUGUGCCAUAGCGGAUACUGUUAGAACUGCUCACAAUUCUACUUCUCAGAGCACAGAAUCACAUGUUCCUAGUCCUGCUUCCCUUGGUUUUGGUAAGAAGGUCCGGAUUGGUGUGCAGACAUAUUUGAGAAACCCCUUUGACCAGGACAGCGCAUCCCGAUCAGUUUUUUGGAGGCUUCUAAAGCACAAGCCGGUUCUAGAACACUUGGAAUUAAUUGGUUCUAACUUCUACUCCGCAAUGCCACGAAAUGAUCCAGCAAUACGCAACACUUAUCCACCAUGUAAGCGUUCACAUAGUGUGGGAGAUUCAGAGGUGGCAGCGAUUAGCCAAUUAACUUUUUUGCAGAACCUAGUACUGGCACAGGUGCCAGGAAUUCUCACAGGCUCCAGUCUAGUUAGCAUUGGCAUGAAGUGUCAGCAGCUGCGCUCACUUUCAUUGGCAAAUCUUGGGAUGAUGGGCAAGGUGGUUUAUAUAUCCUCACUGUGUGAGAUGCUAAAGUACUGCAGACAACUAAGAGACCUGAGACUUGAGCAGCCAUAUUUUUCUGCCAAUGCCCAGUUCUUCCAGGCCUUACGGCAUUGCUUGUCCCUCCAGCGCCUGUGCAUUGUGUCUCGCAAUGGAACCUUUGAAGUGGAUGCAAUGAUGUCAUUUAUCAGUGAAUGCUGUGAGCUUAUCAUGUGCCACAUGUUUACCGGAGAGUCUCUGACAUCAUGCAAGAGCCUGCAACAUAAUAUUAUACAAAGUUUUCAGGGACAGCGACCAGCACUUAAUGUAGUAAUUUUCCCACUGCUGCAUGAGAGCUUGGCUGAUGUCAUCCGGGAUGUACCCAUGAUGCACUUGGAUGAAAUUACUCUAUUUAAAAGUAGAGUAGCAGAAGAGCCUCCAAAAUUGUGGUGACUGUUGUAGGUUGUGUUGUGUGGGAAGUGUGGAAUUGUACUGGGAGCACAUGGAAUAAAUAAAUGACGAAUCCCCCAA